AUGUGAAACGGCAACUGUAGCCCUAAGAUGAAAAGACGCCGUCUUUAAGCCCUAACGAGGCAGAACGAAGGGAUCGGAAAAUCGAACUCCAAUCGGAAAUGAUACUUGCGACGGCGAAGCGAGGAUUGGGGAAUUGCUCUCUGGGUUCGCAGCUACAGCAAUGGCGAGGCAUCCGUGUGAAGGUUCUGAAUAAUAAUUUGGAUCACGCGUUGGCUAUUAUGCAGAGGAAGAUGCAGUCUAGUGGGAUGGAACGCUUGAUUAAAAGCGAGCAGACAUGCCAUAUUAAGAAUUCCGAGAAGCGUGUUCUGGCCAAGAAGAAUUUGGAGCGGAAGCUUCGCUCGCAGGACCUCGCGCGAAAACUCAAAGCGAUUCUCGUGCAGAAAGUCAGGGGUCUGUGAAACUCAGGAGCUAUUUGGUGCCCGGCGUUGCCCUGUUACUUUCCAUGUCAGCAUUGUAUGUAAGUGAGCCAAAACACCAUGACUGGUUUUCUGAAUUCUUUGGUUAUGGUUGAAUUAUAAGUGGUGAUGGUGAAAAUAUUGUCUCGACUAGUCCUAUGCUAGUUUUCCAUACAAAGUGUUUCAUUUUGAUCACAUAAUUGUGCAUUGUUUGUCCUCCCAAUUGAACCAGGCAUCUCUCAGAGAAUUUUCAAUGGAA